AUGAAGCGGAAUGACAUCACUAAAUUCAUCUUUUCAGGGGAGAUAGAAGACCACAGGAAUCAGAGCAAAAUACAGUCUGACGCCGCCCCCGAAGAGUCUGUUCCCGUUGAAGAAUGGCCUGAUGUCGCUACUGAAGAGCCUUUCGCUGCCGAAGAGCCUUCCGUUGAAGAAUGGCCUGACGCUCCCGAAGAGCCUGCUGCCGCUGCCGAGCAGCUUCCCGCUGAAGAAGAGCCUUCCGCUGAAGAAUGGCCUGAAGCCGCCGCCGAACAGCCUCCCGCUGAAGUGCCUCUCGCUGAAGAACCUCUCGCUGAAGAACCUCUCGCUGCCGAAGAAUUUCCUGCUGCCGAAGAAUCUCCUGCUGAAGAAUGGCCUCCCGCUGAAGAAGAGCCUUUCGCUGAAGAAGAGCCUGAAGCCGCCGCCGACGAGCCUCCUGCUGAAGAGCCUCUCGCUAAAGAACCUCUCACUGAAGAACCUCCCGCUGCCGAAGAAUCUCCUGCUGAAGAAUGGCCUGACGUUGUUGUUGAAGAGCCUGCUAACGCUGAAGGAUUGCCGAAAGCCUCUUCCCUGAGCAAUGGCCCACUUACUGAUGCUAUCGUGCGACCCAAUGAGAUAGCACCGCCAAUUACACAUCCCACGGAAACAAAUUCAAAGAAGAAUCACUUGGUUAGAUGUUCGGUCGCUGAUUUAGCACUUUAUGGGGAUUGGACAAUCCUCACACGCAAAGCAAGGGCUAAAAGAAUGAGUAAACUCAUUACCAAAGGCCUCCCGGUCCCAGGCAAAGAUGGAGCCAUCUCGAUAUUUGCGAAUUGA